AUGAAGGCGUUCCAGGUUUGCUCUUAUCUGCUGGGCGUGGCCCCUGCAGUACUGGCCCACGGGCUUCACCAUAACCAUGCUCAUGGCCAGGGCGCAGAGCACGAGUUCAAGCAGGGCUCUGUAAUCUUGAAGCAAGAAUCCGUCCUUUACCCGCUGGUGCAGUUCCUACAGGACUACGUGUUCGCCCUGGGCCCCCGCUACAAUGCCCUCGUGGCCAUCCUGAUCAUACAGUUUAUGCCGUGUCUCUUUGUGCUGCUGGUCCCCGGACUGCGCAGAACCGAUCCUGCCAGCUUGACACUGCCCUUGCUGGUUUCGUUUUCACUGGGGUCACUGCUGGGUGACGUUUUCUUGCACAUCAUACCGGAAAGCCUUAUCGGCGGUGGUGCAGACGAUGGCAUGAUGGUCGGGUUUGCUAUCUUCCUGGGGUUUAUCUGCUUCUUGACCCUGGACAAAACGCUGCGGAUCCUAUCCGGUGCCUCCAACGACGACGGUGGCAUGCACUCCCACUCACACGGCCAUGCCCACCCACACCAAGACGCAGAGAAGAAGACUGGCUUCAACAUGUCUGCGUACUUGAACGUCAUAUCCGGUAUAGCCCACCACAUCACCGAUGGCAUAGCGUUGGCGUCGUCGUUCUACAGCUCUGCGCAGGUGGGCAUAAUCACCAGCAUAGCCAUUACUUUCCACGAAAUCCCUCACGAGCUGGGCGACUUUGCUGUCUUGCUCUCCAGCGGGUUCACGUUCCCACAGGCCAUACGAGCCCAAAUGAUAACGGCGUCCGGUGCCGUUGUUGGCACCGCCAUUGGUUGUCUGAUCAACGAGAUCGGGGGCUCCAGCCAUGCACCAACAUCGUCGUCCAGUGGUGUUUCCGAGCUCAUGCUGCCGUUCACUGCAGGUGGCCUCAUUUACAUCGCUACGACCAACGUGGUGCCUCAGAUCCUGCAAAGCUCCACCCAUAAUAGCAAGUGCCAAGAGUUCAAGCGGUGGGUCUUACAACUGGGCUCGGUUUUUGUGGGGUUUGCCGUCAUGGCACUCAUGGACGACCACUGA